AACCCCCCCAACUCCUUCUCCCUCCAUCAGUCAUCACUCUCGUCUACCUCGUCAACUUUCUUCAUUCACACUACCUCUCAUCUUCAUUCUAAUCAAACUACACAUACAAAUUUUAAACAGUAGCAUUCAGUAAUCCAAUCUAAACCAAAACCAAAAGGAGAGACAUAUACAACUCAUUGUCAAGCUACAAACUGAGUGAACGUAAUGGCUGAGCUACCAAGCUCACCAUCAUCAUCAUCGCAACCAUGUUUACCAAUCGUCACUAUCGAGUCUCAUAAGCACUCAUCCAUGGAGGCCCAGUUACCGGGCCCGGAUCAAAAGAAGCCCAGGCGAGCCCGAGAUAGCACCAGCAAACACCCGGUUUACAGAGGCGUACGGAUGCGGGCCUGGGGAAAGUGGGUAUCCGAAAUCCGCGAGCCCCGAAAGAAGAACCGGAUCUGGCUCGGCACCUUCGCCACCCCGGAGAUGGCAGCGCGUGCCCAUGACGUCGCGGCGCUCACUAUUAAAGGCAACUCCGCUAUCCUUAACUUCCCCGAACUCGCGGCUUCGUUGCCUCGACCCGACUCUAACUCGCCUCGAGAUGUUCAAGCCGCAGCCGCUAAAGCCGCCGCCAUGGAUGUUUUUGAUCCCCAAACGACGUCGCAUUUGUCUUCUUCUUCUUCUUCAUCGUCGUCUUCGUCGCUGUCGCAGUCUUCUUCUUCGUCUUCGUCAUUAGCGGUGUCUUCUGGCUCCGGCGACCCGUCCACUCCGGAGGAGUUGGAUGAAAUAGUGGAGCUUCCGAGUCUGGGAACGAGUUUUGAACUACCCGACCCGAGUAACGAGUUGGUGUUUUUUGACCCGGUUGAUGGGUGGCCCUAUUCUCACCCUUGGUGUCACGGCAUUUAUGAUGACAGGGAUUGUGGGGGGUAUUUUAUUGGGGAUCAGAUUUCAAUGCAAGACUCAGAAAGUGUGAUUCUUUGUGGCUUUGAGGGUUCAUUGUGGCAGCAGUAAGGUCACCCGUCGGUGUGUGCUUUCCUUUGGUUAUGUAUUUUUAAGUUUUGUCCUUUUCUGGGUUACAUAUAUUAAAUUAUUUUAACUUAAAGUUAAAAUGUGUUAGCCCUUUUCCAAUUUUUCACUUGAAGGGCCACAUACAUUUCUUGUCUCUCAAGCAGCUUGUGUUUUCACUUUCUUCCACUUUAGUUUUGUGAC